UGGAACCACACGCAUGCUGACCUCUUUGGUGGAGGCAACAGGGGGUGUUUGAAAGCGAAACAAGGAAUGCGCUUUGCCAUUGUUACUUUUUGUUACUAGGCAUUGUAUUUUUGGUUAAAAUUCAUACUUCAAUUAGAUCUAGACCUAUAGAAUCUAGAUCUAGAUUCUAGAUUCUAGAUCUUGUUCUAUGCUAUUAUCAAUUAUCGUGCGUCAUCUCUCAGACUUUUAUUUUUAUCAAGAGAUAUUAUAUUAUGUUCAAAUUGAUAAACCGACAUUGUUCGCUUCGAGUUAGUAGAGCAUUGAAGCAGUCCUCAUUCCUUCCACAUUCGAGUUUCGGUGAACACCUUCCUUGUUUCAGUCCCUCUUUGACUUAUAAUACUCCUGCUUCAUCGUUAUUGGCAUCAUCUAGAUCUAGUUGGUCCCGUUGUUCUCAUUGUUGCGUCUCGGAUACCAGAUAUUCCUACAGAUUUAGACAUCCCCAGCUUCGACGAGAUUGUCGAGAUCGCCCUUUUUCCAAUAUGAGUGAGACAAACAGCUUUCCUGCAAAGCAGAUGUCCAAGGACUUCAAGGAGAGCCAAGGCUCAAGUCGAAUAAUCUGGAUUGACUUAGAGAUGACUGGUUUAGAUGUUGACAGCGACACAAUUCUUGAAAUUGCUUGCAUUGUUACUGAAGGUGACCUUGCGCUUGUUGCCGAGGGACCAAGUCUGAUUAUACAUCAAGAAAAUGAGGUCCUGGAGAAUAUGGGAGAAUGGUGCACUGAACAACAUGGAAAGUCUGGCUUGACAGAAUCUGUCAGGAACAGUAAAAUCAGUUUGCAUCAAGCAGAGGAACAGGUCCUGGAGUUUGUAAAGCAGCACACUCCUUCAGGGGUUUGCCCAAUAGCUGGUAACUCAGUUGGAAAGGACAAACAGUUUCUUGAAAGAUAUAUGCCUCGUUUAGCGUCACAUUUUCAUUAUCGAAUAGUGGAUGUCAGCACGAUCAAGGAGCUUUGCAGGCGAUGGUAUCCAAACUUGGAAAAACGGUUGCCCUCAAAGAAUUUAAGUCACAGAGCUCUAGAUGACAUCCGUGAAAGUAUAGAGGAACUCAAGUUUUACAAAAUGCACAUUUUUAAGUGAAUGUUAAUUGCUAAGUGUUAGAUGAUAUGAAAGAGAAAGCUCUGUUGUGUUUGUUCUAUAACAUGAAAUACACUACUUUUUUAUGCUAAUAGGAUGUGAAGGUUUAGCCAUGAAAUAUAAAGGAGACUUCUUACGCGCUCUUACAUUUAUUUUGAGUGAUCUUGUGUAGUUCCUGUCUUAAUGAAAAGAUAGUUGGUAAGCCUUCUUCGGAAAUUGCUUCUGCUGAUACCCAUUCAAUUGUUCUUUGGUCUUAAUCUGCAACAGUAACUUAAUUUUUCCUGUGUUAGUUUUGACUGGAUAGUAAAAUUUCAUCCUGAAUAACUCAGUUAUAAGUAAGCCCCUGUCAUCACCAUUUGAUAUCUUGGUUAAACAUCUGAACAGUGAUGAGGAAUGUGUUAGCUCACAACAUUUUGUUGGUAUGUUUUUUUCCGUAGUGUCUUAUUAUGAGAUUGUUUUGGUUGUGAAAUAUUUUUAAAACAAAAAAUUUAUGUUUUUGGUGUCUUUUCUCUUGCAUACAAAAAUUUAACAAAAGGAAAACAUUGUCCAUGUUCUGUUGCAAUUCUAGAGAUAUAAGCAUGUCCUCUGUAAUGUCGGAUUGUUUUUCCGUUUUGUUUCUUAACCCUAUCCGUACGUUGUGUUUUACUAUUGUAUCCAUACGGUGUGGGGAACUCUGUGCCACCUCUUUCCAAAGCGGAAAUUUACUCGUUAAUCCGAUCAAUACGCUUUACAUAGCAGUCUGUCUAAAUGAUUUUUUGGAGAAAUACUGAAAGUUUCAAAGAGAUCUUCGCACUAGAAGUAUUCUAAAAUGUGAAGAAUACAACCCCGGGGGUACAAAAUUACCCCUGGGUGUACGGAUAGGCUUAAUUAUGAUAAUCGUUGAAAAGGGAAGUGCAUUCUUGUUAAUGAUUGAUUACAUUGUCUCUUACUUUUUGUUUGCUUUACGACUGCCAUCUACGUACUGUGCAGAACAUUGUGUUUACUGUUUGAGAUUUAUUUAUAGUUUUGUUAUGAGCUUGAUGUUUUCCUCAUAUCUGAUUUUUGAUUGACAGUUUUCUUUCAUAGCCUUGCCCUUUAUAGAGUAAGUGUUUGGUAAAAUAGAGGGCUUGCUUUUUAUAAAGUAUGAAAAAUGUUAAAAAGCCCCUAUAAGCAUUUAUCAUUAGUGCUUAUCAUCACUUUGCAGUGUCACUUACAGAAAAACAUGAUUUAAUAAAGAUACAAUUCUCUUGUUUCCAAAAAUUAAAAAUAUAUUGAAAGCCAGAGAAUUUUUGUUCAGUCUUCCUCUCAUAGAACUAGAACAAGUUGAUUAUUGUUUGACAUUGUAUCAUAUCAUGUUCUUGUUUAAUUCCAAUUACCAUUGUAACUUUAAAUGAUAAAAUAAAUGUAUAAAUUUUAAUAGUUCUGCUUUUCCAAAUUUUCCUAGUCAUAUGUUGUGUACCCGAGGGCAUUCUUCAAGAUCAUGUAUGAUUUUGUGUACGUGUGUGUAUGUAUACACAAGUCAGGGUAUUCUGUGAAUUUCAAGUAGGCUACCUUUUGUUCCAAUAUUUUCGUUCCCCUUUUUCUUUCUAUCCUGGUCAUAGACCCUAUUAGGAAUAGGUACCCAUGUCUACAGGACUCAUUUCUCUUGGCAAAGUAGGCCUAUCUGGCUUAAUGAUCAGCUUCUGGUAGUUCUAGUGCAGGUGGUAUCAAGUGCCUUGUCUUCUCAAAUAAGGAUAAUAGGAACUUGGAGAUUCUUUGUUAUGUUGCUCAUGUUCAAAGUAAAGAAGAGCAGGCUGGCGACCCAGUAACAAUGCUGUAGUCUUUUUCAAAUAAUUUAGGGAAUCUUUGUAAAUGGGGCACGGUAAGGAUUAUGUUCAAGCUUUGCUCUGUUGACUGGCAUGUGCUCUCAUAGGAACCCCUAAUGCCUUUCUGGUUAUAUUUUUCAUAGAUUUUUGUCUUGAAAACUAUUGCCAUGUUCAGGUUUAGGGUUGAAUAUAUGUAAUGGAUUAGAGUUGCUUAGUAAGCUUCAUUGAGGGUCUCCAGACGCUCCAGUAAUUGUCUUACAUUGAGUGAGAUCUGGUAUGUAUUGUGUCAAGUAGUUUUAAUGACAUGAUAUUUGUUAUUAGAUGGAUGAAAAAAAGUAAUUAUAACCCAAGGUCAUAAAAAACUAACAACUCAGGAUGCUGUUCUCAAGAGACCAGCAAUCAUGUUUGUAAAUAAUUUGUUAAAGUGUGCAGUGUUGUAUGUUAAUACAUGUACUUGUGAAUUGUUUCAUCUUAUUUAAGACAUGCAACUGUAACCAGAAAUUUCCAUCUGGGAGAAAUAAAAGUAUAACAGACGAA